AAGGGCAAUUAUGUAAUUCAAAAGAUGGGGCUAGAAAAUGAUUGGUCGGCCACAAGAUAAUAAAAUAAAUUGAAUUUAAUUAUAGAUAUUGGUCCCACCACCUCUCCACCUUACUUCAUUCCAAUGGGUUAUGGAGGUUAUAUAACCACUCUCUCUUACUCUGUCUCUCACUCACAACUCAAUUGGAGAUAUCACCAAACAAAUAACAUUUAUCUUUUUACAUUAAAAAAAUGGAGGGCAAAGAAGAGGAUGUUAGAUUGGGAGCUAACAAAUUCUCCGAGAGGCAGCCGAUCGGUACGGCGGCUCAAACCCAAGACGAAGGGAAGGACUACAAGGAGCCACCACCGGCACCGCUCUUUGAGCCGGGUGAGCUGACUUCAUGGUCUUUCUACAGAGCUGGAAUCGCCGAGUUCAUCGCAACAUUUUUGUUCCUCUACAUCUCGGUGUUGACUGUUAUGGGAGUCGUCAAGGACAAGACCAAGUGCACAACUGUUGGAAUUCAAGGCAUUGCUUGGGCUUUUGGUGGCAUGAUUUUCGCUCUCGUUUACUGUACCGCUGGAAUCUCAGGGGGUCACAUAAACCCGGCUGUGACUUUCGGACUAUUCCUGGCGAGAAAGCUGUCGUUGACUCGGGCGGUGUUCUACAUGGUGAUGCAGUGUCUGGGUGCGAUUUGCGGUGCUGGAGUUGUUAAGGGGUUCCAGAAAGAGCUGUACAUGACUCAAGGUGGAGGAGCUAACACCGUUGCCGCUGGUUACACCAAAGGUGAUGGCCUUGGUGCUGAGAUUGUGGGCACCUUCGUCCUUGUCUACACCGUUUUCUCAGCCACUGACGCCAAGCGUAGCGCCAGAGAUUCUCACGUCCCAAUUUUGGCACCUUUGCCUAUUGGGUUCGCUGUCUUCUUGGUCCAUUUGGCAACCAUCCCCAUCACCGGAACCGGUAUUAACCCAGCUCGUAGUCUCGGUGCUGCGAUCAUCUACAACAGGGACCACGCUUGGGAUGACCACUGGAUUUUCUGGGUGGGACCUUUCAUUGGUGCAGCCUUGGCAGCCCUAUACCACCAAGUUGUGAUCAGAGCAAUUCCAUUCAAAUCAAAGUGAUGAUCGAUCAUGGACCGUUGAUGAUGAUCAUGAUCAAAUGAUCAAAAACAAAACAAACAACAACGUGAAUAUGAUUAUAUAGCUUUGUCUUUUUUGUGGCUUUCCCGUUGUUGCUGCUCUUUCAAAAUUAGAUCAUCUCAUGAUAUAAUUAAAGAAAAACAAGAACAAGCCAAGUUGGCCCUGCUUUUCUUUUUCAACUUGUUGCUCUUUAUUGGCUCUGUGUAUUUGUAUUAUUAUGUACGUAAGAAUCUGUAAUAAUAGUAAGCUUUGUGUUGUUCUUUA